AUGUAUCAUGGAAUUCCUAAGGAUGCAUACAUAAGAAGAGAAUGGCUUAAAGUUUUUGGAAUUGAUCGUUGUUAUGAUUGGCAACGUAUAUGUAGUGAUCAUUUUUUAGAAGAAAACUAUAAGCCAGGACAAAAGCAAUUAUAUUCAAAUGCUAUUCCCCAACCUUAUGAUCGAAAUGGUUUUCGUUCUAAAGAGGAAAAUAUUGAAAAUGCUGUUGUAAAUAAUUUUAAAUCAUCAGGACAGGCAACUGAAAGUCUUACUAGAAACAAUGAGGAUAUGUGUAAUACAAAUAUGCGGGACCGUUAUUUAAGGCCUGGAUUACGAUGUUCCAUUAAAAAUUGCUCGAACAGGCUUUCAAAGGAUGUUAGUCUCUUCGGCUAUCCUAAGGAUUUGACGCUGAGAGAAAAGUGGAUGGAAAAAUGCGGAUUAAAAAGAGAUCCUGCUAAAAUAGUAAUAAGCGGUACAAGAGUUUGUAGUAUUCAUUUUGAACUUGAUUGUUUUAAGAAUAGUGAAUCAAAGAACAGAUUAAAACCAGACGCUGUUCCAUCAUUAUUUUUAGAUAUUGCUUUGCCUAUGUCAAUUAAAGAGGUGCCUGUAUUGAGUACAUGUGAAAAUCAAUUUAUAAGCCCAAUAGAAAAUGAAGCUGCUGAACAGUCACUGUCAGAAAAAAAUAAUUUAAAAGGUAAUAUGUAG